AUGAUCGUCGCUCCUGGCCCCAUGGCGCGGCUAUGCGGAAACGACUCCUCAGAGGCACCGUGGAUCGACAAUGACUUUACUCCGUGCUUCCAUCAAACUGUUCUCGAUGCAGGAAUCCCAAUCGUACUCGCCACUCUGUCCUUGGUCACCAUCCUCGGGACCGUCAUUUUCAAACGCUUCCGCAAGAAUCAUACAGGAGACCAGUCUGGCUACUUGCCCAUCUCAACUCAGGAGGACAACCUCAACGGCUCAGAAACAGAUAUCGACGACCAGGAGAUCCUCGACCAGGAUGAUGCACCUUUGAACUCCGUCGAAUCUAAUAUGCGCCUCGGUCAGGUGCCAUCCGGACGACACAUCACUCUCCGCGACGCAUUGAAGACCCUGGCUGCCUUGAUAUCCCUCGGAAUCUCAAUGACAUGGCUGAUUGUUCGCUCAAACGAGGACAAGAGCACCUAUCUUUAUCUGACUCCUUUGAUCUCGACCAUUGCUUGGACCUAUAUUGCCGCUUUGACAGUGCUUCACCUUGUUCGUCCUCUCAACCCAUUAGUCUCGCUCGUUCCUCACUUCUCGGCUUUCUUUAUUAUCAACUUGCCCAUCGCCUUCUUCCGUCUUCGCUCUCAGGUCAUUCACAGGACUUCGACUCUGGAGCUCAUCCUAGACUCGAUCUACUUUGCCGAUGCUAUUGUCUUAACAAUUCUGGCCUUGACCUCUGGCAAGUCGACCCGCGCCUUGGUCGCUAAGCCUGGUACACGCGUUCCUUGCCCUGAGGCCUAUGCUUCAGUCGUUGAUCUGGCCUUGUUCUCUUGGGCCGAUCCUCUUAUUCGCCUUGGAUUCAGCCGCCCCUUGAACAACGAGGAUAUCUGGGACUUCCGCCUGAGCGAUUAUUCCUCUGUUGUUAUCCACCACUUCCGCCAAUCCAUUCUCGCCGCUCGUAAAAAUCACCCUUUCAUUAUCCGCCUCUUCAUCAACUUCAAGAAGAGACUGUCUGUUCAGGUUGUCUGGGCUAUUUGCUGGGGUCUCCUCUCCUUUGCCGGUCCGUUUGCCCUGGAGCGCAUUCUCCACUUUGUGAAGAACAGGGACACUAUUUCGGUCGAGUGGGGAUAUGUCUACGUAUUUGGCAUGUUCUUUGGAAUGUUGGCUGCGACUAUUACUCAGUCGCAGAUGCUCUGGCAUGGUCGCCGUAUCUCGAUGCAGCUCCGGUCUAUUGUUGUCGGUGAGGUGUACGCCAAGGCUCUCCGCCGUAAGGAUCGUGCUGGCCAGACCCAGAAGGAAUUGAACCCCGAUGCCGACUCUGACGAUGAGGACAACGAGAUGUUCACCUUUGGCGCCAUCAACAACAUGAUCUCCAACGAUACCUCGGAAAUUUCGAACGCAAGUGCCUACUUGCAGGAUAUCUACAUUCUCCCUCUGCAGAUCACCCUUGCCAUCUUGUUCCUCUACCGUAUCCUGGGCUGGUCCGCCCUGGCCGGUGUCCUCACCAUGGCCUGCUUCAUCCCCUUCAAUCUGUACCUCACCAGCAAGGUCGAAAAGAUUCAGGACGACCUCAUGAAGGCCACGGACAAGCGUGCCGAGCUCAUGAACGAGCUUCUUCAGGCCAUUCGCAUCAUCAAAUUCUUCUCCUGGGAGCGCAACUUCUACCGCAAGGUCGACGAGGCACGUGAGCGCGAACUUUCUCGCUUCCGCCGUCGCUUUACCUGGUGGAUCUUCGGCACUGCCCUCUGGUUCGGCACCCCUGUCACCGUCACCAUCAUGACAUUCUUCACCUACACCAAGAUUGCAGGAAACGUCUUGACACCCGAGAUCGCCUUCCCAGCCUUGGCCCUCUUCAACGUCCUGCGCGCUCCCAUGGAUGCCUUCCCCGAGAUGUUGUCGCAGUGCUUGCGCUGCAAGGUCUCUGCUGCCCGUAUCGACCGCUUCUUAGAUGAAGAGGAGGUUCUUGUCUAUGCCAACGCCUCCGCCAAGCCUCGCAAGAACUUGCCUACCGACCCCAUUAUCGGAUUCAAGAACGCCACAUUCUCGUAUGCUGGAAAGGCUGAACAGGAUGCUGCCAACGCUGCUCACGAUAACGGAGAGACUUUGAACGGACACCACUUCGAGCUUAAGGAUCUGAACCUGGAAUUCCCCGUCGGCGAACUCUCCGUGAUUACUGGACCCACUGGAAGCGGAAAGACUUCUCUCUUGCUCUCUCUUCUCGGCGAGAUUAACCCCGUCAAGGGUCAGGCCUUCUUGCCCCGCCGCGACUCACACGACAUCAACCCUGUGACUGGAUUGACCAACGGGAUCGCCUAUGUCGCCCAGCAGGCUUGGCUCCAAAACAACACCGUCCGCAACAACAUCUUGUUUGGAUCGCCCUUCGAGCAGCGCCGUUACGAUCAGGUUGUUGAGAUGUGCGCCCUUAAGCGCGACUUUGAGAUCCUGGAGCAUGGAGACCAAACUGAAAUCGGUGAGCGCGGUAUCACGCUCUCUGGAGGCCAGAAGCAGCGUAUUGCCCUGGCCCGUGCCAUUUACUCGAGAGCUGGACACAUCUUGUUGGACGACUGUCUUUCCGCUGUGGAUGCCCAUACCGCCAAGUGGCUCUUUGCCAAGUGCUUGAUGGGUCCAUUGAUGCAGGGUCGUACCCGUAUUCUCGUCACUCAUGCCGUCUCGCUGACUUUGCGCGGUGCUGCUCAUGUUGUUGUCCUCAGAAACGGAUCUGUUGUUGCAAGCGGAACCUCAACUCAGGUGUUUGAAUCCGGUGUUCUCGGCGACGACGUAACCAAUGAGGAACAGAUCAUGGACGACCACCCUACUGAGGAGCGUACUGUUGCUGGACUGGAGGAUGCUGAAGACGACAAUGGCGCUCCUGGAUCUUCAACUGUUUCUUUGACUGUUGCUGGCAAGAAGAAGGCUCAUACUGACGACGCUUCAACCGACUCGACCAUCCCUGUUGUUGAGAGGAAGAAGCUUAUGGAGGAUGAGGGCAAGACCGAUGGCUCUCUCACUUGGAAUGUGUACCGCAUGUACUACGGCUCGAUGGGGGGCAUUCCAUUCUGGAUUUUCCUCGCCAGUGCUUUCCUCUUGAUGCAGGUCGCUCAAGUUUCCGCUGACACCUGGCUCCGAUUCUGGGCUGGCGCUUCUGAGGAUAAGGGGGGCAAUGUCAACGCCGCUGCCACCUUUGCCACUGCCUCAGUCACCUCUUAUGCCGACUCUACCUCCGGUGUUGCCUUCAACGCCUCUGGUCUGUUGAUGUCGUUUGCCUGCCAGUACCGCGGUGACCACACCUACUUUGGCAAUCACCCUCAGCGUGUCUGCCGUCAAGAAAUUUUCGAUAACAGCCAGCCUGUCAGCCCCAUCUCUGCCUUGUACGAAGCUUCCGCUUAUACCGACUUCUCUGCCCUCGGCGGCGACAAGCCCAACAAGCAAAUCCACGACUUGAACUACUACCUCGGAAUCUACGCGCUCCUCUCGUUCGGUUACAUUUUCACCAUUAUGUGCCGUCAGAUGGUCCAGUACAAGGGUUCAAUUGACGCCUCCCGCUCGAUCCACCGUCGCCUGUUGUCCCAGAUUUUGAACUCGCCUGUCCGCUUCUUCGAUACCACUCCCCUCGGCCGAAUUAUGAACCGCUUCACCAAAGACAUGGGUACCAUUGAUGAGGAUGUCGCGCCCAUCUCGUCCAACUUGAUGUUUGACUUUUUGGGUACUCUGACUGUCGUUAUUGUCAUUAGCGUCAUCACUCCCAGGUUCUUGUUCCCAGCCUUUAUUAUCACGAUCUUAUUCGUCGCUAUGGCCAACCUCUACCUCCGUUCCUCGCGUGAGUUGAAACGUAUCGAGUCCAUUACCAAGUCUCCCAUCUUUUCGCACUUUGGCGAGUCUCUUUCUGGUGUAGCCACAAUCCGUGCCUAUGGUGCCGAAAAGCGUUUCCAGCACGAGAACCUCGAGCUCUUGGAUGAACACAACCGUCCCUUCUUCUACCUCUGGGUCUGCAACCGCUGGCUUUCGAUCCGCGUGGAUGUCCUCAGUUCGCUUGUUUCGUUCUUUGCCGGUCUUUUGAUUAUCAUGAACACCAGCAUUGAUGCCGGUCUUGCCGGUCUCUCGCUCUCGUACUCCCUCACUUUCACCGAUCACAUCCUCUGGCUCUGCCGUCUCUACUCCGAAAUGGAGAUGAACAUGAACUCUGUGGAGCGUGUCCGUGAAUACAUGGAUUUGCCUCAGGAGCCACCAGCAGUGAUUGAGGGUGCCCGCCCUCCUCCAGGUUGGCCCAACAACGGCGAGAUCAAUGUCGAGCACCUCGUGAUGCAGUACUCGCCCGACGACCCACCAGUCAUCCGCGAUGUGUCCUUCCACGUCAAGCCUAGGGAGAAGAUUGGUAUUGUUGGUCGCACAGGAGCAGGAAAGUCGACGUUGGCUGUGGCGUUCUUCCGGUUUAUGGAGUUGACUGCAGGAAAGAUCACUGUUGACGGUAUCGAUAUUUCAACUCUUGGAGUCCACGACCUCCGAUCGUCGUUGACGAUUAUCCCCCAGGACCCGGUCUUGUUUAUCGGCACCAUCCGCACCAACUUGGAUCCCUUCAACGAGCACAAUGAUGCAGCUCUCUGGGCGACCUUGAGACGUGUGCACUUGAUUGGUGAGGAUGGCGCCGAGUCCAACUCGUUCGGCAACCUCGACAGUGAAGUCAUGGAGAACGGCAGUAACUUUUCUCAGGGCCAGCGUCAGCUGAUUGGCCUUGCCCGUGCGUUGUUGAAGCAGAGCAAGAUCAUUAUUCUGGAUGAGGCCACUGCCUCGGUUGAUCACGAGACUGAUGCGCGUAUCCAGGCGACAAUCCGUGAGGAAUUCAGGGAGUCGACGCUGCUGACGAUUGCCCAUCGGUUGAGGACGAUUAUCGACUUUGACAAGGUGUUGGUGAUGGACCAUGGUCAGGUUGUCCAGUUCGAUACCCCCUGGAAGCUGAUCCAGGAGGAGGGAGGCAUCUUUAGGAACAUGUGCCAGCGGUCUGGCGAAUUUGACCUCUUGAUUGAGAUGGCGGGGGCUGUUGAGCGGAGUCAAAGCAGUAGCGGUGGUGGUGCCCACAAGUGA